GGAGGUGACGUCAGCAGCGAACGUAAACAAUGCUUCUACAUCCGCUUCUCAUGAACGGACACAUUUGUUUUUAAAAGGGUCGGUGUGUAAUUCCGUGUAAAGAUGUUAGCCGCGAUCGCGUGAAGGUGUGCGUGACGUCACGCACCGACUGUCACGCGAGGUCUGUAAUUUUUAGCUCGAGCUGUGAGCGAGAAACACAGACGGUUUUGAGUCAGUGAAUGAGCAAGUGAAAGGUUAUUUUAAAAUAAUAAACUCAACACAACGGGCUUUGGACACGGCUUAAGUGUGAACCUCUCACUUUAUUACUUUAUAUUUUGACUUUAUAAAUGCACCUCAUGGCUCGUGCCCGCGCUACCUGGAGAUGUUCAUUGCUCCACCUGCUGGCCAGAGAAGCUUGAGAUGGAGAAGAUGACCAGGGUCAGCAGCACUAUCAGUGGCUGUACCAUGUUUUGUCACCUGGAUGCACCUGCCAACGCCAUCAGCGUGUGUAGGGAUGCUACGCAGGUGGUGGUUGCCGGGCGGAAUAUUUUCAAGAUUUACGGUCUGGAGGAGGACGCUUUCGUGGAGCGGCUGAACCUGCGUGUGGGACGCAAACCCUCACUGAACUUCAGCUGUGCGGAUGUCAUGUGGCAUCAGAUGGAGGAGAACCUGCUGGCCACCGCCGCCACUAACGGAGCCGUGGUGACGUGGAAUCUGGCCCGGCCCUGCCGUAACAAACAGGAGCAGCUGUUCACCGAACACAAGCGCACGGUCAAUAAAGUCUGUUUUCACCCCACUGAGGUCAACAUGCUGCUGUCCGGCUCUCAGGACGGAUUCAUGAAGUGUUUUGACCUGCGCAAGAAGGAGAGCGUCAGCACCUUUUCUGGUCAGUCUGAGAGCGUGAGAGAUGUGCAGUUCAGUAUUAAGGAUUAUUUCACGUUCGCGGCCUCGUUUGAGAAUGGAAACGUGCAGCUGUGGGACAUUCGGAGACCCGACCGAUACGAGAGGAUGUUCACCGCGCACACCGGACCCGUCUUCUGCUGUGACUGGCACCCUGAUGACAGGGGUUGGCUGGCCACAGGCGGACGUGACAAGAUGGUGAAAGUCUGGGACAUGUCGACCAACCGCGUGAAGGAGAUCUACUGCGUUCAGACCAUAGCGUCGGUGGCCAGGGUCAAGUGGCGUCCGGAGCGCAGAUAUCACCUGGCCACCUGCUCCAUGAUGGUGGACCACAACAUCUACGUGUGGGACGUCCGCCGGCCGUUCAUCCCCUUCGCAACCUUCGAGGAGCACAGAGACGUGACCACGGGAAUCGUAUGGCGGCACCAGCACGACCCCUACUUCCUGCUGUCGGGGUCCAAGGACAGUACGCUGUACCAGCACAUGUUUAAAGAUGCCAGCAGACCCGUCGACCGCGCCAAUCCUGAGGGACUCUGCUUUGGGCUGUUGGGGGACCUGGCGUUUGCUGCUAAAGAGAGUCUGAUGAGCGCGCCACAAUCUGUAGGGGACGUGGGGCGUAAAACCUACCCGGGGGGCGAUCGGCGGUACCCCAUCUUCUUCUUCAAGAAGCCGGAUGUGACGGAGCAGUUUGCGCAGGUGUCGAGCGCGCUCAGUGUGUUUGAGAGUGAAGCGGGCAGCGGUGUCGGGAUGGACUGGUUCAUUAACACCGCACAGAGUUACCUGCUGAGCGGGAAACCCUUCGUCGAACUCUGUGAGCAUAACGCUCAAGUCGCCAAGAGACUCAACAGACCGCAGGAAUCGACCACAUGGACCAUGCUGCGAAUCAUGUUUUCAGAGCCGGCUAAUCCGUCCUUGUCGUCCAAUCACAAUCUGAACAAAUCAGGAAACCUCCCACUCGUCAACAGCUUCAGUAUGAAGGAGAUGAGCGCUGCUCUCAAUGAGAGAAACAAAGAAAACAGACAAGACAACCUCCACAGUCUGGAGACCAACCUCAACAACAAUGACGAGAACGAGGAGACGGAGGGCAGCGAGGGUCAGGCCGAGUAUCUGUUUGGAGACGCUGAACUGGACGACGAUGAUCUCUACAGCAUGGAGCACGAGAACCAGGCAGCAGAGGAGCCCGAGUACCUGCUCCCUCAGGAGGCUUUCCCGUUACGCCACGAGAUCAUGGACCAUCCCUCGGCCCCGGAGCCAGUGCAGGAGAAGCCCGAGUCACCCCACGUCAGCGGGAGCGAAGCCGAGAGCACGUGUCUGACUCCCAUGGAGUCCUUCAGUCUCAUUUCCGUCUCGCAGCUGCUGUUCUCGCCUCACUUGCCGCCCAAGUUCUUCUGCCCCAUCGUAAAGGAGAUGCUGUGCUACUACGCCGAGCAGGGCGACGUGCAGAUGGCCGUAUCCGUGCUGAUCGUACUGGGCGACCGCAUCCGUAAGGAGAUCGACGAGCUCACACAGGAGCACUGGUACAUGUCCUACAUCGACCUGCUGCAGCGCUUCGAGCUGUGGAACGUCAGUAACGAGGUGAUCAAACUGAGCACGUGUGGCCCCAUCAUGUGUCUGAAUCAAGCCUCCACCACCUUACACAUCAACUGCAGCAACUGCAAGCGACCAAUGAGCAACAGGGGCUGGAUCUGUGACAGGUGCCACCAGUGUGCGAGUGUGUGUGCAGUGUGUCAUCACGUGGUCAAAGGCUUGUUUGUGUGGUGUCAGGGCUGCAGUCACGGAGGACACCUGGAGCAUAUGAUGGAGUGGCUGAAACAGUCCAGACACUGUCCGGCCGGCUGCGGACACCUGUGUGAAUACACCUGACACACACACACACACACACACACACACACACAGGACUCUCUCUAGCAGAGGAGCGAUCAGGCUGCUACUUAUGAGGAAAAAUAUGUAGGACUAAUGAUUUUAUGAUAAUCAAACACAAAGGGAAUCUGAACGCAAUCAUAUGUGUGCUGAAGAUAGUCAGCAAAGUCUUUUUUUAGUUUUUGAAGAAUUUGUUUUAUAAAUAGUCUAAUGUACAUAAGAGAUGUACCUGCUUUGGGAAUGUGUUUCAUGUAUCUUGAAAAUAUUCUUGAAAACUGUGUAAAUGCAGAACACAUUGCAUUGAAAUCAGAUUUAUUUAGAAAGAAACGGUGUUGUUUAAGAAUAAAGCCAGUCUUUAAUUAUCAUCUCUGUGGGUUUGUAUUUAUGAAGCCAUGGAAACAUAUUAAAAGUUACUUUUUGGGGAGCAGAA